GACCAUCUCCACUUCUACAGAGAAAGCAAACGAAAAGACAUCUUGUGUACAUCAUGUCAAGUGAUCUCGGCCGUGUCAAUUUUUCCAAAUCUAACUCAGAGGUGUUUAACCCACCUGUCUUUGAGGCUUUUGAAGGCGCAGGACCCAGAGCACCAACAACACGAUCUAUCUCAGUGCUGGGUGUUGAUAUGCUUGUGACAGACAACAAUAAAAAGCACAACACCAGCAGGUAUGAGAACACAAACCUCAUUGUGCGCAGGAAUAAAGAAUUCUUUAUCAUCAUCAGCUUUGACCAACCCUUCAAUGACCAGCAGGACAAUGUGCAGCUGGAGUUCAUGAUUGGCAGUUCACCGAAUGAAAACAGGGGCACCUACAUCAUUGUGUUCAUCGGAAAAGGGAGACGUAAUGGGCGCUGGAAGGGUCGCGUGAUUGCCAUGCAAGGCAAUGAUGUGACAGUGGGCAUAACACCUGACGCUGGCUGCAUCAUUGGCCGCUUCAGCACUUUUGUAACAGUAAUCACUAAUGUUGGAAAACAGCGCACUCCAAAGAACCCUGACACUGAUUUCUAUGUGCUGUUCAAUCCUUGGGACCCCGCGGAUGUGGUGUAUAUACCCAGAGAUUCCGACAGACAGGAGUAUGUCAUGAAUGAUGUGGGCGUCAUCUACAAUGGAGAAUUCAACAAUCAAUACCGCCGUUCAUGGAACUACGGCCAGUUUGAAGAGGGAAUUCUGGAUGCCUGUCUUUUCAUUCUGGAUUCUGGGAAAGUACCACUGCUGUACCGUGGAAACGCCAUUGAAUUAGUUCGGCAGGGAUCAGCUCUGAUGAACUCCCAAGAUGACGAUGGUGUCCUGGUUGGCAACUGGAGUGAUGAUUACUCCAUUGGCACAGCACCCACUGCCUGGACAGGAAGUCCUGAAAUCCUGCUCAAAUAUGCCAAAGGUGGUUUGCCUGUGUGCUUUGCACAGUGCUGGGUGUAUGCCGGUGUGCUGAACACCUUUUUACGUUGUCUUGGGAUGCCCUCACGAGUCAUCACCAAUUUCUCUUCUGCUCACGACAACUCGGGCAACCUGAAGACUGACAUUACACUGAACGAAGAUGGGACAAUAAACAGAAGUCUAACGAGAGAUUCAGUCUGGAACUACCACUGCUGGAAUGAGGUGUACAUGAGGAGGCCUGAUCUGCCUGAAAAAUACUCUGGCUGGCAGGUGGUUGACAGCACACCUCAAGAGACCAGUGAUGGUCUUUAUCGAUGCGGCCCAACGUCUGUCAUUGCCAUUAAAGAGGGAGAGCUCAGCUAUCCAUUUGAUGCAAGGUUUGUCUUUGCAGAGGUGAACAGUGAUGUGGUUUACUAUCAAUCUGAUAAGUACGGAAACACAAAGAUCAUCUCUGUGGACACCACGAAUGUUGGAAAGCUCAUCGUCACUAAAAGGGUGAACAGUAAUAACUAUGAGGACAUCACUUCUACCUACAAAUUCCCAGAAGGCAGUGACAUGGAUAAGAAGGCCAUGCAGAUGGCAGAGCGUCGUGGCGUUCCUGCCAGGGAUUACACAAAACCCCCUGAAACAGGUGUGGAAAUCGAGCUCCAGGCCGACACCAUCAGCAUAGGUGAAAACUUCAAGCUGACACUCAACAUUAAGAACCAGACCGGCCAAAACUGCACCCUUGAUGUCACCAUCACUGGCUGUGUGGUGUACUACACCGGUGUUACCAGCUCAAUCUUUAAGCUUGAAAGCAAAACAGCAUCUGUGGAUCCCUGGAAAGCCACGAAAGUGAUGUUCGAUGUCACAGCUUCAGAAUACAUGCCUUACCGGGUGGAUCAGUCCAACCUGUUCUUUGUUGCAUAUGGACGCAUUCAGGAAACUGGCAGGGCCCUUACGACAACCAGAGUUGUCGCCCUCCGUCCUCCUGAACUCACAAUUACGGUGACUGGAACACCCCGCGUCGGCAAGGAUUUCGUGGUCACAGUGUCGUUCCGAAAUACCUUUAACUCCGUCCUGAAAAACGUACAGCUGCGCCUAGAAAGCCCUGGACUGAUUUCGACCAGAAAGAAAACAUACGAUCAGAUCGCACCUGGUGGCACUGUGCAAUAUACAAACACGAUCACCCCUUGGUCUUCUGGGAAAAAGGUGCUGAUAGCUUGUCUGGACUGCGCUACAGUGAGGCAGGUCACCAGUCAGCUGGAAAUCAUUGUCCAGUAACAGAUAAAAGAUUGCCACGAGGGAACCAGAGAGAAAAAGUGUUCCCAAUAUCAUUUUGUUGAAUUGCUUGGCUUUCUUCACAAAUAUAAUCGAAAUAAUAACAAGCUAAUAUUAUUAUUUUUUUCUUUACACCUACGCCUUCCAAAACUGAAUUGUUAAAGGGGGGGUGAAAUGCUCGUUUUCACUCAAUAUCCUGUUAAUCUUGAGUACAUAUAGAGUAGUACUGCAUCCUUCAUAAAUCCAAAAAGUCUUUAGUUUUAUUAUAUUCAUAAGAGAAAGAUAGUCUGUACCGAUUUUUCCCGGAAAAACACGAGCCGCUGGAGGCUUGACGUGUGGGCGGAGCUAAAGAAUCACGAGCGCGAAUAGGCUUUUGCGUUGAGAGCGUUUGGAAGCUGUGACAUUACCGUGAGGGAAAACCCAUCAUCCAAAACAAACCAUGGCUUACAGUCAGAUUCAGCCGUUUAUUUAUGAUCCAGAAUCAGAUCCAGAGGCUGAAACUGAACGAAAGCAGCAGCAGCAACGACUCGCUCUGAGCGGGGUUUGAACCCGGGUCUCUGGCAUGGGAGGGGACGCACUAACAAGGAGGCAGAGAUAUUUGAAGCAGUUUUACUCACCGCCUACGGUUCCAACACACGAUGGUGACCCUUUUUCCUUGGGAUUGCAUCAUCCUUAAGAAAUAAACGAUGCAAAUCCGUCGUCAAACUGGGCCUUGAGAACAAGCAUCUUCGAAAUGCAGGGAACAAACAAAAACACUUGCACAUCUCCGUUGAUGCUCUGUAAAAAUAAACUCCAUCCACUGGUCCCCUAAUGCUGUUUUUUUUGGUAAUCUGUGCAGGGUUGUCUUGCCCUGGCAACCAAAAACACACUUCUUUUGUGACUUUUCGCGACUUUUCGCUCUCGCUCUGAUCAGUGAAUCGCUCUGAUCAGUGAAAUGUCUGUGCUGCUCAGCCUCGCUAUACGGGAGCGCGCGCUCUUCCGGCAGAAGUGCCUUAGGACCCAUAUAAGGAAAUUCCGCUCCAUCUAACGUCACACAGAGCCAUACUCGAAAAAAACUUUCCGAAACUUGUGACAAACCGGAAGGAGUAUUUUUGGAACCGAAAUACUCCUUCAAACGUACAACUUAAUUUUUGAAACUUUGUCCAUGUUUAGCAUGGGAAUCCAACUCUUUAACAGUGUAAAAAACUCAGUAUGCAUGAAAUAGCAUCCCCCCCCCCCCUUAAUAAUAUAGUGUUUCAAGCAUUUUAAGCAGAAGGUUUUAAUCUGUGAACUCAAUUGACUGUUUAAAAUACACACAAUCAAAGAUUAAGUACCCAUACAGAAUGCACAGUCACCCUGGGAGUCUGAUAUAUUCUGAUUAGAAAAGUGUGGAUGUAAGAAAUCGUGCAGUUAUCAGAAUAAGUUGCAAAUUGGGAAUGGAAGGAAGAGUGGAAAAAGCAGGAGAACCUCAUAAUAUUUGGAAUUUUGGCAGUUAUGACAAACGUAAAGCUUUGAAAUAACAAAGGUGUAUUCAAAUUUAAGAAGAAAAUGUAAAAGAUUUUCUGAUAUUACACAUACAUCUAAAUUACCUGACAGUUGUUUUGGUUGUGUGUACAAUUAACAUGUAUUAAACUUAUUAAUUAGACUGUAUAAAUUGGACUGUAUUAAUCAGAAUAUGUUACAUAUUUUCUCUGCUAAAAUGCCACUGACUGUGUUUGACUAAUAUAAACUAACAAUAAACCUUCAGCAUGAAAGCA